GAGAGUCUCUUCUCUGAUUGGUGGAAUGAAACAGGGAGGUCUGUCUCUUCUUGACCGUUCUUCCGGCUUACAUGUUGGAAAAAAGAAAAGACGAAUGGAAAAAAUUGUAAUCCACAAAACGACCAUUGCCUAGUACCUCAACAAUACGGUCAUAAUUAGAUACAAUGAGCUCUCAGCAAUUCCCCCGACACGGGCUGUCUGCUUCCGGCGGUGGAGCACCUCAGAUCCCCGUUUCUGGAAACCUGGUGUCCAUCAAUCAUCCGUUAAAUCCUCAAGCUGGUGCAGAUGCUGACAGCAGUCGGGAUGCUGACCACGGGCAGCAGGAUCAUCCACCGAGUGGGGGUACCUUGGCGUUCAGAGAUGACAAGCAGGAGACCAUGGUGGUCAGGCCUUACCCACAAGUACAGAUGCACGGCCAGCAACAAACUGCCCCCCAAACCGUGUCCAUCCAGCCUGGCACAUCUGUCACUGUGCCUGCCCCCUCUGUCCACCUCCCACAGGGCCAGCCUGCACAGCUCACCGAAGGACAGCUGAAGGCUGUUUUGAAGUCACCUAUGCCAAGUCGUCUUAUUGCCCCAGCACCAGCUUCCAACCAGGGUCAUAUCCCCAUACCCCCCAAGGUGCCUGGUCACAUUACUGUCACCAUAGAGAGCAGUAUUCCUCCAACCCCAUCUAUUCCUGUGGCCGCUAUCAGCGGUCAGCAGGGUCACUCUAGCAACUUACACCACCUGAUGCCAGCAAGCAUUCAGAUCAUUCGGGGCAGUGCCCCUGCGCUGCAGAUCGGGACCCCUGCGGUCCCUCCCCAGACCUUCACAUCCCAUUUACCCCGAGGGGCUGCCGCGGCAGCUGUAAUGUCCAGCUCCAAAACUGUCCUGCGGCCAGCCACCGGAGCAAACGCGGGCCCCGGGCCCACAGUGCAACACAUCAUCCACCAGACUAUUCAGUCCCGUCCUCCUGUAACAACGUCUACAGCCGUGCUUCCAACCGUGGUGGCCCCCAUUUCAGCAACUAGAACUCAGUCCCCAGUGAUCAGCCCGACAGUCACACACUCUGCAGAGUUGGCCCAUGGCCAUUUGUUCCCCAGGCGUCCAGGGUUGACCAUUCACCCUCCUCCGCCAACUGUCAGUAUUCAGAGGUCUCAGACAUCCCGGGACAACGCCACGCGGAUCACGCUGCCGUCUCACCCUGCAAUUGGAUCUCAAAAGCCUCAGCCUCCACACACCAUGACACAGAAGCCCAUUUUCAGUCCUGUGACACCAGUGGCGGCAGCAUCUGUGGCACCAAUAGUUGCCACGAACACUGUGCCAUCAACAACCACAAUGGGCUCUGUGCCGCAUUCCCAAAUGAACAGUAACACUAUUGUCACCAUGACGAUGGCCUCGCAUUCCUCUCACGCUACAGCAGCGACCACGUCUGCCAUCCCUGUCGCUAAAGUGGUCCCUCAGCCCAUCGCCCACUCUGCAUCCCGCGUGCAGUCCGACUACCCCGGAGAGAGAACCAACCUCAUCCCCAUCCCAGGCCAUCGGUCCUCUCCUAACCCCGUCACCAUGGAAGCAAGAAGUGACAAUAGGCCUUCUGUACCCGUGCAGUUCCAGUAUUUCCUGCCGGCGUACUCCUCGUCGUACCCUCUGACACACACCUACACCCCCAUCAGCAGCUCUGUAUCUACCAUCCGCCAGUACCCUGUUACCCCUCAAGCUCCAAGUUCAGCACUGCCCACCCAAGCUGGAGUAGGUGUGGCCACCACUGUCCAUCUGAACCACAUGCAGCUGAUGGCAGUGGAUCGGAUCGGUCUCCCAUCUGCACAAAUCAGCAACCAAGGGAUCCAGCCAGCACCAAUCAAUGCGCAGGGCAUUCAGCCUGCACAGAUGGGAGUGCAGGGCCUGCACCAGUCUGCACCGAUCGGCACACAAGGACUACAGCAGGCACCGAUAGUCACUCAGCAGCAACAAGCGCAGUCCGAAGCUAAACCUGGGGUUGUUUUGGCUGAUGGGUUUGUAGCUAGCCCCAUCAGCAGCACAUUCAGCACCACCCAGCCAGUUGCCACCAUGGUGCAGGCACAUGCCCAGGGAGGAGUAGGAGGAGCCCCCACCCUGGUCUCCUCCCCGAGACCCAGCAUCCUCCGCAAGAAGCCAGCUAAUGAAGGUUGUGUUCGUAAGAACCUGAUCCCCGCCCAGCCCAGUGAACCCGGCGGUGGUAGAAUGGAGAGUGGCGUGAGGGGAGCAGGAUCUCCCCGACCUGCAGGUUUGAAACCCAAAGCUGAGGUGCACAUGACCGUGGCCCCUCCUGUCAUGGCGACAGUAGAGGCAAUGCCUUCUCAGGGAGGAGAGCAUCAGUCCUUGUCCUCAAACGCCCAGCACCUCGCCCAAGCCAUCCCCACCAUGCUGGCCACGCCGGGGCCCGUGCCUCCCUCCCAGCCCUCCACUGUCCUCUCAGCGCUGCCAGCAGCCAUGGCUGUAACUCCCCCCAUCGCUGCUUCAAUGGCCAACACAGUGGCCUCCCCCACUCAGCCUGCAGCCAGCAGCACUGCAGCCUGUGCUGCCAGUUCCGCCUGCCCAGAUUUGAAAAUUAAGCAGGAGAUGGAGACCAUGGACACCUCGCAGCCAGAUCCCAAUGCUAACUUGUCAUCAGCUCAAGGCCUCACCACCCAGGCCUCCACCCUGAACGCUCCCACCUCGGGAGAUCUGAUCCCCGGGGCGUCCCCAAGGAAGAAGCCCCGCAAGCAGCAGCAUGUUAUUUCUACAGAGGAGAGCGAGAUGGUGGAGACAAACAGCACAGAUGAGGAGAAAGCCCCAGGCAGGCCCAUCACCGGCAGGGCAGAGAGGCGUGAAUCUCCACCAAGGGAAUAUGUUGAUGAGGAAGGAGUGCGUUACGUACCAGUCAAGCCCCGACCGCCUGUUACUCUGCUGCGGCACUACAGGAACCCGUGGAAAGCUGCCUACCACCACUUCCAGAGGUACAGCGACAUCCGGGUCAAAGAGGAGAAGAAGGGCAACUUGCAGGACAUGGCCAACCAGAGAGGAGUGGCAUGCAGAGCACAAGGCUGGAAAAUCCACCUGUGUGCUGCACAGCUCAGGCAGUUGUCGAGUUUGGAGCAUGAUGUGUACAGCCGCCUCUCCACCCUCCAAGAGGGCCUGAUUCCUAAGAAGAGAGCAGGCUCCGAUGAUGACCUUCACCGAAUCAACGAGCUUAUACAGGGUAACAUGCAGCGCUGUAAGCUGGUGAUGGACCAGGUGACCGAGGCCAGAGACACCAUGAUGAAAGUGCUCGACCACAAGGAGAAAGUGCUGAAGCUGCUCAACAAGAACGGCGCCGUCAAGAAGUCCUCCAAACUGAAGCGUAAAGAACGGGCGUAAGCUCGGACCUUCUCCUCUGUCGAUAACCAUCAGCGCCCCCACCCCCCCCUCCCCCAGGGGAAGCUGCUCACAAUUGGGUGCUAAGAUUUGCUGCAUACAAUCGCAACGCACCCUCCCUAUCUGCCUGAGAGCAGACAGGGAGAAGUGACAGGGUGACAAUGAGCAGAAAAGCCCAUCAGGAAUAGGUUCUCAUUCAAGACCCACUGCACAUAUUGAGCGUGGAGCUUUGUAGGUUGCAUUAGAGCGGCCAACUGGACUGCCCUGUCUCUGGUCCCCUCUUUUUUUUUUUUUUUUUUUUUUUUUUGGUUAACAAUCGAAGACCCCAGAGACCGUUUUUACAAACUUAAUUUCUGCCUCUACUUUUAAGACACUGUUUGAACUGACACAGUGUGUGUGUGUCUUUAAUAUGUGGCACUAAAUGGAAAUGUAGUGUAAAAGAAAAAGAAAUGCAAUGGAAGUAUUUCAUUUAAAGUGAAACACCCGAGAGUUAUUGAAUGGGUCAAAUCAUUUAAAAGGAGUCCUUUCGUUAGCUGUGUGUAUACAGACUAAUCUCAAACAUGCUCUUUUCAUUAAUCUGUGCCUUCAUUGUGUCGGUGUACAUGAACUAGACGGGGACACGUGAAAGCUGUUCCACGUGCUGUCGAAAUAUUCUUAAAAUAUCCUUCACAGAAAAGUGUCAGGUCAAUUUCACCGCUUCCUCUUUUUCUCUGAACAUCCUGCACCUGCAUUUUUUAUUUUAGUAAAGGUUUGUUCAUCUAGUGCGGGAAAACUAUUCCAAAAUAAAUAAAAAUACUAGAUGUGGCAAGUUGAAUUGUUUUUAAAUGUCCAAAAAAAAUUCUCUUAGUGUCCUAAGAUGAUUAUCUGAAUGCGAGAACGUGCUGCAUAAUGCCAAGUUAACUAUACUUUUCAGACUGCCAUGAAUCAUCUACUUAAUCCAAAGUACAUGGAGGUCAUGGCGGUUAAAACUAUAUUUUUUAUUUGGUGUCAGAAAGUGAAGUGUUCGAAAGAAAGUGAGCGAGUAUCCUCGUGUGAUCGUACUGGUGGAUCGAAUUCAUGUAAAUCACUGUAAAUGUGCUUUUGGUUUUUCCAUUGACCUGCAUCUUUUCAAGUUUUGUACUCUAUGAAACAUUUUGUGCCGUGCGUUGUGCGCCGCUUCAUUUUGCAGGGUGUAACGAUAAUGACGUUAUGAGAUGAAGCGAGCCCGAAACAUCCAGCUAUUGUAAAUUGUUUUUGUCUGUGUAAUUAUAGUAAAGAUACUUAAACAAUACCAGUAA